AUGCCCAGUCGAUUAGACAACAUUCCGGAUAGUGAUCUAACAACUAAAUCAGGCGACCGUGCCGUCCAGUACUACUGGAAUACCGUUAAUGCCGAAGUUACCACCGAUCGUGUAUUGACCCCUCUCCAGCACUGGCGUGUCGUUGAGUGCUUGAAGGAGCUUGGCUCUGCCGUUUGGUCGCUCUCUGAUGUACUGGCCAACCCUUGCCGGACCUCUCCCUCUGACCCCGUUGGAGUCACUCCGGCAUUACAGGUACAUGAGCUUGCUGCCAGCCGUGAGCUUCUUGCUCUCAUCUACCGCGUCCAGGCCGGUAGAGAAAUUCACGAUCAUGACGAAAUUGAGGCCAAUAUCGCUCUUAUCACUCCUUCCUACGCCCACCAAAAGAACAAGGCCGAGUGGCCUGAUGAGCUGUCCGCCACUUUCCUAGCUCUCAUGAACCGUUGCGCCGCCGAAGGGAAGACAGCUCCCCGUGAAGUGGUGCGUUACGCUGGACAUGGCCCUGUCGGUCACUCUCAAAAUCGUCUCCAAGCAAUCUCUGUGUCAUCUGAUGAUUCUGAGGAUCUUGUUCGAAAGCCUGAUCCUUCUCCUCCGGUUGGGCGUGGUCGUGCUCGUGGUACUGCACGCAAGAAGGCUGUCGUUCGUCGUUCUACUCGCAAGAAGGUUGUUGCUGUCGGCUUCGGUACUUUGUCGACUCGUCGCCACGACACGUCUGGUUAG